UCGCUGGGGGCUGCGGGAGCCGCGCUCCCCUCUCCGGCACCUCCUUGCCGCCAGCCCAGCUUCUUGAGGCACUGCGGGCCUCAGCUGUAGCGGGAGAGUCGUGGCCUGUGGCUCGGCUCCGGGUGCUGAGGGGGGUGGCUGCGGAGAGCUGGGGUUCUUAUCUGUCGGAAUUACCGCGGAGAUGUGGACAUGUCAGAGGUGGAGCAUUUUAUGCCGAUCCUUAUGGAAAAGGAAGAAGAGGGGACACUUUCUCCCAUUCUAGCACAUGGAGGAGUUCGUUUUAUGUGGAUUAAACACAACAACUUAUAUCUUGUUGCAACCUCUAAGAAAAAUGCUUGUGUGUCACUGGUGUUUUCAUUUUUAUAUAAAGUAGUUCAGGUUUUUUCUGAAUAUUUCAAGGAGUUGGAAGAAGAGAGCAUUAGGGACAAUUUUGUUAUUAUUUAUGAGUUGUUAGAUGAGCUUAUGGAUUUUGGUUACCCACAAACCACUGAUAGUAAAAUUUUACAAGAGUACAUCACUCAGGAAGGCCACAAACUUGAAACUGGAGCUCCACGUCCACCUGCCACUGUUACCAAUGCUGUGUCAUGGAGAUCAGAAGGGAUAAAAUACAGGAAAAAUGAGGUGUUCCUGGAUGUUAUAGAGUCUGUUAACCUUUUGGUCAGUGCCAAUGGGAACGUAUUACGGAGUGAGAUCGUUGGAUCCAUUAAAAUGCGAGUCUUCCUCUCGGGAAUGCCAGAGCUGCGCCUGGGUUUAAAUGACAAAGUUCUCUUUGAUAAUACAGGCCGUGGCAAAAGUAAAUCGGUAGAACUGGAAGAUGUGAAGUUUCACCAGUGCGUUCGUCUCUCUCGCUUUGAGAACGACAGGACAAUUUCUUUCAUUCCGCCUGAUGGAGAGUUUGAGCUCAUGUCAUAUCGCCUCAACACCCACGUAAAGCCACUGAUCUGGAUUGAGUCUGUGAUUGAAAAACAUUCCCACAGCCGCAUCGAGUACAUGAUCAAGGCAAAAAGUCAGUUUAAACGUCGCUCAACUGCCAACAACGUGGAGAUUCACAUUCCAGUUCCAAACGAUGCGGACUCGCCAAAGUUUAAAACCACUGUUGGAAGUGUCAAAUGGGUUCCAGAGAACAGUGAAAUUGUGUGGUCCAUUAAGUCUUUUCCAGGUGGAAAAGAAUACCUGAUGAGAGCUCACUUUGGACUUCCAAGUGUUGAAGCUGAAGAUAAGGAAGGAAAACCUCCCAUAAGUGUAAAGUUUGAGAUUCCAUAUUUCACCACUUCAGGAAUCCAGGUUCGUUACUUAAAGAUAAUUGAGAAGAGUGGCUAUCAGGCUCUCCCAUGGGUUCGUUAUAUUACCCAGAAUGGAGACUACCAGCUUCGAACACAGUAAAACCCCUCGCAAGAACCACAGACAACAGAACUUCAAGCCUGGAAUUUGUUUGCAGAAGCUUCUGUGGUGCUGAGAGCUGUGAAUGUUGUUGCCAAGGGUCUUGUUUCUGCAGUCUUGGAUUGGCAGGACAGAGAUUGGAAAUUCACUGUUUUCAAUAAUGUGUUUGAGCAUUUGAACCAUUAGUAUUGAUUGUGUGAAUAUUUAUUUCAUUCUUAGAACAUGCUGAUCUUGCUGCUAAAUGCUAAUUCUGAGUAGCAGUUACCUUGAGGAGCCAGGAAUACAGAACAGACCUUGAGAAUGUCUUGUCAAUGCCUUGUCUGUUACAUCCACAAAGUUUCUAGUAUUCAUCUUUUAGGAUCUCUGAAGACAUUGGCAGGGUUAUGCUACAAAUUAGGGAGACAAUUGUGCAAUUAAAAUGACUGCUGAACACUUAGUUGUAUUUAGCCCAAGGUAUUUAUUUUUUUCUGGGCAUAUGGGUGCCUUAACUCAUUCAAAGCUCUGUUAACUUAUAAAAAUUAAUGGAAAAUGAGUUUCAAGUCAAUGUGAAAUCAACACUUACUAUUUGCUCUUCUUUUGCAUGGUUUCAAACCAGUUUGUCUGACAGAGCAACUUCAAGUGAAGGGUUUGGAAAUGAAAAUAUGGGUUUGUUAAAGACUUAAGUUAACCAAGAACAAGGGAUCACAGAAGUAAAUGUCUAUGGGAACAUCUCUGUAGAAGCAUGAUGAUUGCUAGUUUGAGUUAGUCAGAAUGCAGACUGAAAAGUUUCAACCGUAUGCUACCCCUAGGGCAUGGAAACGCUCUGCCAAUUGAUGAGCUUUUGCUUUCUUUUGAUUUCUGUUUGUAAAACAAGUUCCAAACUCUAAUAAGUAAGCAUAAAACCUUAGCUUAAUUAUUGGAAGACAGAUCAAAAUCAUUUUGGAGGUGAUGACAUUUGGUCGGAAGAUGGGAUUUUUACUAUUAUUUUUCCAGAUGAUAGUAACAUACUCCAACCUCUUCUGGCAAAUUGAUUGGUGUUGGUGAAGAGGCUGAUAAAAACACAGUUGCCAUUUUAAUUCCAGCUUGCCUUUGUGUUAAUUUAGGGUAAAUAUUUCCCUUUUUUGGUAUAGCUUGCUAGAAUUUAACUUUAUUUGUCCUAAGGGAGAUGCUUUCUUUCUCAGUCUUUUCCAUUUGUAAGCAACUAGAAUUCUAGCUUCCUGGCAGAUGGAUAACAGUUCAGAAUGUUAUACUUAAAGGUAUUAUGUUUUUUUUACAUACUGUUUCAUUUUGUAUUCUGAGAAGCUAAGGUUGGCAUGGGUGUACAUAGUUAUUUUGAUUUAAUUUGGGGUGUUUUUUUUUUCCCAGAAAAAAAUGAUGGUUAUCAGUAUUUUUCUUUAUAAACAGUUUUUAGAAUGCUUUGGUUUGAAUUUAGUACUCCUGACAGAUGCUAAACUUAAACCAGCAGAAUCUAAAUAUAUGUCUGCAAACGUGAUGUACUACACUGUGCUCAAGGUUUCUCCACACCACUCUGGUGACAGUCCUUGACUCUCCCGCCAGAUCGAGAAGACAUUUCACUCAUUGUCCCCACUAAAUCCUUGUAGACCCUAUAUAUAGAUAUACUUGGGUAUACAGUAUAUACUGUUAGCAAAAAGACCCAGUUAAAUUCCCUUGCAGUGCAGCUGCUGUGACACUAGGGGAAGAUCUGCCUCAGGAAGGACUGAUCUCUGCUGGUACCGAGGCAAUACCAGUUAGGCAAUGGUAGGUGUGGAUGUGUGUAUUCUGCAGUAAGGUUAGUGUGUUUGCCACCUCACAAGCUCAAUGUUGAAACAAAUUAAAUCAUCCUCAAGAUUUGGUUCCACCACUCAUUUUCAUGUGAACAAUGAAGCUUAUGACUGGACUGAACGUUUUUAUAUUAAAACUGUAACUGGUGGACAAAUCA